AUGACCAAAAAAGCCUCCUACAUUAUUGUCUCUGGUGGAACAGCUUGUAACCACAUCGCUCGCACAUUUCACGACUCGGCAAUAAACGACAUUUGCUACGUCUUGAGCAUCUCCGAUAACGGUGGAUCAUCGAGCGAGCUACUGCGUGUAUUGGGUGGCCCAAGUAUUGGUGAUCUACGCUCUCGUUUGACCCGUCUUAUUGAUUUUGCCGACCCACAACCAAGUUCACCCGAGAGAAUGGCCAUGAAAGAUCUACUCAGCUAUCGUCUCCCUGCAGAUGCAACCGAGCAAGAAGUGAUGGAAGAAUGGCUUUGUAUUGUGGAAGGCAGGCAUUCGCUCUGGAACGCCAUCCCCAACGAAAAAAAGGAGGCUAUCCGCGGGUUUCUUACAAGCUUUCAUUGUGAAGCAUUGAAACGAGCCCACAAGCGUUUUGACUUUCGUAAUGGCAGUAUCGGCAACUUCUUUUUGACGGGAGCUCGUUUAUUUCUUGGUUCAUUGGAGGCUGCCCUGUUUCUGUUUUCGGCAAUCACUGGUAUUUCCGAACGCACCACCGUAUUACCAGUAAUCAAUACCAAUCAUACCGCCACAAUUGCUGCUCGUCUUGCCAAUGGUCAAAUAUUAGCCGGUCAGAAUGAAAUCUCACAUCCACCACCCUCCACAAGUGAAAAACGGGGUCGUCAUUGCAUACCCGGUUGUCGUUGGACACACGCCAAUCCAAUUGAUGCCUUUUCACAUCUUGCUUUAUCAAACGAAGAUAGCGGUGAUCCAUCGUCACCUGUGGUGAGCACCAAUUUGUUCUUUUGCAAGGAGGACAAUACCAAACUUGCAGCUCGCAUCGAACGCAUUUAUUACAUCAACCAAUACGGCCAAGAGAUUUAUCCACUCCCCAAUCCCAAAUUCAUCACUCAACUUUCAUCAGCCAAGGAGACACUCGUUUAUUCUAUCGGCUCAUUGUACACAUCCAUUGUACCAUGUCUCAUAUUACGCCACGUGGGUAACACAAUCGCCCAUUCUUGCUCAUUACGAAAAAAGAUCUUGUUAUUGAAUGGAUCCAAUGAUCGAGAAACAAGUGAUUACGACGCCAUGGACUUUAUCCAAACCAUCACAGCUGCCUUGAAUCAGAGUCGCAACAUCGAUGCAAGACAUGCAUUUUACGAGACAUGCGAUACAUCAUCAGGCCUUGCAACACCACCCUUCCCUGAAUACGAGUUCAAUCCAUAUUCGCCUUCCUCAUUCAUCACCCACCUGAUCUACCUCGACAAUAGCGCAAUACCAGUGGACGUCAAGGCUAUUGAAUCGCUUGGUAUCAAGUGUGUCUCCAUUAAUGGAAAAUUAUCGGAAUCGGGUUUGCCUAUUUAUGACGAGCUUGCAUUGACCGAAGCCAUCCAGUCCUGUUCAUAA